UGUUAAAAGUUAAUCUUAAUUUAAUCAUAUGAUUCAACGUUAAGGCCACUUUAACCAUAAGCUGCGCUAAAUAUUUGAAAAAAAACAGCAACCCCUACCCUUUGUCUACUGCUUAUAUGUAAGCACAAGAAUAUACUUAUAUACAUGUAUCUAUGUUUGUGCAUUUCCAAAGCAACCCUUAAGGUCGGCGACGAUGGCAACGACAAAUAAUAUUCAGUGCAACGAAUAACAAAAAAAAAAAGAACUUUGAAAGUUGCUAAUAUGCGGAAGUCAAGCCUUACACACGUUUAUAUUUCUAAUACACUUACUAUAACACCGUUUGUGAUCACUGGUAUUAUUUUAUAUGUUCAUUAUGUCCUAAUACUUACAACUCGUAAUCUGUAGGUCCGUGAAUAAUAAUAAAAAACAUUCUUUGACAGGCUUAAAAUUCAUGUUAUUAAUUUUUAUUCUUUCUUUGCAGAUAUACAUGGUUGCUAGCUUACUUAAGCUGUAUCUGUAAGGAAUGGAGUCCAUUAAUGAAAUAAUUAACCACCAGACAUUUAGCCAGGAUCUAGUUGAGGAUGCAACAGAGUUUAUCACUGUGAGACACCGGCCAGAGCAGCAAUCUCAGUCGCACCAUCAACAGCAAGAGGCAACAAAUGAUCCCAGUCAGGAUAUGGGUAUGUCCAUCCAAACAAUGAUUUCCUGCCCUAGGAUGGAAGUUUCGAGUGGAGAGAGGAAACUCCGUUCCGGUUCUGUAUCUGGAUCCGAUUCUGUUGUCAUGGUACUCGGCUCAAUGGACCACAGCAAUAUGCAAACUUCAUAUGAAAUUGUGCCUCAGCAGCUGCAGUCUAGAACAAUGACCUUGCCAUUCGGGCUGCUCCAGCAAGAUAGGCACUCUACACAGGAGGAACGUAUUGUUCAUAGCAGCCCAGUAGAUUUUGUUUCGUCCGAUAUAAGCUUGGAUGGCCUGACUGUAGACACGAUGUCACAAGCUGUUCUUCCCCAAGAAAUGAUGAUAAAGCAGGAGCAAAAGCUUCUUCUAGCCCAAUCUAAGAUACUGAAUAAAAACCAUAAGCGUAUUCAAAUGCACGUAGAUGUGACGAGCGUAAACUCAGACAUAAGAGCGGAUGUAGACGAAUUGGAUAAUAUUUCAUCUGAUGAGAUCGGCUGUGAAGACGAAGGGGUUACGCUGAACCAGCACCACCAACAGCUCCUAAGGCAUCAGCAGCAAUACGGUCUCACUAGCCACCAUCAACAUCACCAAGCUCACGCGCAGGGGCUUCAUGACUUACAGCACAGAUCAGUUCAGUUGGAAAUGGGCCUUGAGGAAGUUCACGGGGAGAUUCUAUCGGUUAUUGUCCACGGCCAGGACAGCGAUAAGGAUUUAGAUGGCGAAGUCGUGGCGGACGGGGAUGGAGAUGAGGAAGGGGAGGUAGAGGAUGAAGACGACGAUCUACGGGAUUCUCGCAGUCGAGACCAGCUGCUUAGCUCAUAUCAAACGCUAACCUCGGUGAAUGAUCGAUUAUCACCGCCUGGUUUCAGCCAGACUUCUUAUGCCACCUUGACCCCCAUUCAACCACUGCCGCCUAUAUCAACGAUGUCCGAGAAGUUUGCCUACUCAGGACACAUCUCUGGAGGCGACAGCCGCGACACGGAUGUUAAUGGUGGAGAGAGGGGUGGAAGAGCAGUUGAAAGUAGUGACAUCGGUAACCAAUCGGCAGAGGCUGUGACAACUAGUUCAAUCACUAGUGGCAAUGUGAGCUCCUCUGGGUGCAGUAAUAACGACUGCAGUUCGUUCUCCACCCUUACCAUGCCCAUAGGAAGUGGACAUUUGGGCAUGGGCGUUUUAGGCAGCGUCCAAUCACCUUAUUCCUCAUACGAAAAGCUGUCUGCGAUGAUUUCACCUCCGCCCAAUAACUACCUGGUGUCGUGCGAUCUGCAUGCGUCGGUUUCCGGACGUGUGCGUAACUCAUCACAACUUAACCUAUCUCAUAACGGGCACAAAAAGGACUCAGCAUCAGCCCACGGGCACGCCCAGGGACAUUGCGAUGGUAAUACAGGAAAGUUUUCAUACUCUGGGCACAUUUCUGGAGGGGAUAGCGGCGAUACUGAUGUAAACGGGGAGAAGUUUACUUACUCUGAACACAUAUCUGGAGGAGAUAGCAGAGAUGCAGAUGUCAAUAGAGAGAAAUUCGUUUAUUCUGAGCAUAUCUCUGGAAGAGAUAGCGGUUCAGAAGCAAACGCAAGAACGAAUUGGAUCCAAAUGGCCCCGGAGCGCGAGGUUCGGCUGCAUAUGUCGCCUGAGCUGGAUGAACGGUUUCACCUUCCAUCAGAGCGUAGAACUCGGCUUAAUGUGCCUUCUGAGCGUGGUCCCCUAAGUCGACAGGUUGCUGCGACUACUCCAAACUGUCCUCCGGAUUGGAAAGCGGAUGAUUGGAAGCCCGAUAACAGAAGCAUUGUUGGUCUUUCCACCGAUCUGCCAGAGGUUGUCUCCCUUACUCCGACUCCGCCUCCCAUAACAGACGAUACGGUGGGCGGUCUUAAGCUAAAUGAUCGAUUGUCUCCAGGGCACAGAUCACAAUAUUUUCUUGACAAGAGCCAAGAGACCAUCACUGUUACAAUAGAUCAAUGCAGCACGAAUAUCCAGGGCUCCGCACUCUCGGUUUGUGCGAUCCACCAGGAGUCCCAACCAAUUCAUCUGAACGGAUUUCAAGGUGGCGGCCAGCAGGUCAAGACUGUAGUCUCUGCCUCUCCAAAGGCGCCAGCGGCCUCUGGAGGAGCGGGAUCAAGCCGCAGCGGAAACAGUAGUGACAUGGAGGAGAUCAACACGAAAGACCUUGCCCAGCGCAUAUCGGCUGAGCUCAAGCGAUACAGUAUUCCCCAGGCGAUCUUCGCACAACGAGUCCUCUGUCGCUCGCAAGGUACCUUGUCCGAUUUGCUUCGCAAUCCGAAGCCGUGGUCCAAGCUAAAGUCUGGCCGUGAGACAUUUCGCAGAAUGUUUAAGUGGCUCCAGGAGCCCGAGUUUCAGCGCAUGUCAGCUUUGCGGAUGGCCGCUGCCCAAAUUCCUCAGAGAGCACCCUUGGGUUCUGGUAUUGGUCUGGGAUCCGCAACUGGAUCUAAUAGUUCCGCAACCGCUAUGUCAACAGACUUGGACUCACACGGUGGGUCAACGACAACCCCAAAGGCUCUUCCCAAUGAUUCGGUAUCUUCAUCUGCAUCAACACGUAUCACGAAUGUUUCUAUUACCAGCGUCGUGAAUUGUCGCCGAAAAGAAGAGCCUCAGAUAGAACAAAUGCCUCAGCCAAAAAAGCCAAGAUUAGUCUUUACCGAUCUCCAGCGACGAACAUUACAAGCGAUUUUUAAGGAGACUAAGAGACCUUCGAAGGAAAUGCAGGUUACGAUAGCGCGGCAGCUGGGUCUGGAACCUACUACCGUGGGUAAUUUUUUUAUGAACGCCCGUAGGCGAUCGAUGGAUAAGUGGCGGGAUGAUGACACCAAGAACACUAUUCAUUUGACGCAUAACCGCCAACAACAUCAAGACGAGCAUGAGGAAGAAGAUGACCAGAAUCAGAGUCAGACUCAUAGUCAGAGCCACAAUCACAAUCCUAAUCAGGCUACCAGUGAUAGCUUAACGCAUGAACACUUCUCAAAUCUCCAUACAACAGCCAUGUCUCCCCUUGGAGCCUUUGACGAAGGCGCAGAUAUGGACUUAGAGCUGGAAGGUCACGAUUUUGAUUUGGUGGACCCAGAAGAUCAAGAAGAUACCAAUGACGCAAACGGCGAAAUGUUGUGACAGCAUAACCAAAAUAGACAUCAAAAAUUUAACAAAACAAAAGUAAUGGUUAUGGAGUCAGUGGACAAAUGUUCAAGAAUGCGCCACUGCGACCGCACUUGUACUCAGUUUCGUACGCACAUGAUUCCAUUGAGGAAAGCAAUGGAUAUAAAUAUCCAACGCAUUAUUAGAAAGAAAAACGAAUAUGGUAGCUAUUCCGACGGUGGCUAUGGCCAUGAUCGUGUUGAGGCACCAUCCGACCAUUUGCUUCAAGCUAGACGGUUAUUUAAUGAAAAGAUUGUAAUAAAUCACAGCUUUCGUCCAGAAGUUCUUGAGCAGGAGGACAAUAUCUUAAAUAAUGAUAUUGGUAUCUCUAAUACUUUUGAUGACCUGAAGGUGAUGAUUGUCUGCUGAGCACAGAAAUGUUUCUGCUUUUAUUUAAAAAAAUGAAGGUUCUUAUAUUUUAUAGGAAUAGAAAAUACACAUUUAUAUUUUCAGAGUCUCAAAAGUAACUUUAUCAAAUACUUUUGUAAAUAAAUUUGUAUCUAUAAUUCACGUUAGAGAUUUGGAAUCGUAACCUAAUCACAAUUAUAAAUCAAUUACAUUUUUGAGAUUGUUUAACGGUUUUAACUUAUUUCACAACAUUUCUAUCAUUAGACAUCUGUUAUAGAGGUGAACUCUUUUAGAAAACGGUAAACUGCACUUUCAAUUUAAAAGAUCGUGUCAUUUUGAUAUUCUCAACUUCAGCUUUAAAAUCGGGUCUAAUUGUCAUAACAUCAUUCAAAAUGUAAUGUCCUUAAUUUGGAAAUUCGGCUGCCGAUAUUAAAUAGUUUAAAUUGUAAGUACAAGGAAAUGCAGUUCCUAUCCAAUACUCGAGAUUUGUCUCAGAAACAGUCUUGCCAAAAUGAUCUACUUCGUUAUAGCUGAAAGAGUAAAAUACUUUUUCAUACUCCAUAAUCGUUCUUGAUGUAUUGAUGAUUGACAUUUUUGUGUUACCUAUUAUUAUUGCCCAUAAAUAAUUAUUAACUCCGUCUACUUUGUACAAAUUCGUGAUUAACUUUUACUUUUUUUGGGCAGCUUUUACUUUAUAUAACCUAUUAUGAUUUAGUGUCGUUGUUCACAAUUCUUAAAGUUUAACUGAGUGACUUGACUUAAUUAAUUAUGCAGUUCAGCAAAGCAGCUUUGUGGAUACGUCAGGACUGAACUGCUUCAAUUUACUUCCACGCUUUUGUCUAAAGAAACUACAAAACAAUUUUAUAAAUUGCCGAUUACGAUGUUAAAAUCAACCCUUACGGAAAUAUAGUAGGAAUUUAUAAACAAAUUCAAAAAAUUACUUUAAAGUUUUUUAUUACAAAAUGUAGUGUAGCUAACGCUCGCUGAAUAUAUUCAGUCUAUCAGUUAAGCUUUAUGCUGAUGUUCUUUUUAUAUGUAAUUAAUAUAAAUUUAAAAAAUAUAUUUAACGUUACCUUAGUGGCAGAAAAAAACAAUUUGCCCUAGGCAAUUGGUUAAGCUGUAAACAGAAAUGUGUAUGAAUUUAGAUAUUUUAGAUCGAGUAACAAAAUGCCUAUUGGGAAACACAAUUUCAGAGGGAUAAACGUUAAUAUUAAUGUCAAAUUAUUUGUAUCUAGAGAAUUUUUUAAGAUAAAAAAAAUUUAAUUUACAAAGUUCAUUCAAAUAUUAUGGAAUUUUUUAUUCCACUAGCAUACUCAUCCUUAUUUAAUAAUAUUAAAAAUAACCUUUAUUUUUAAAUUUUUGUUUAGAAAAAAAUAAUACGAGUGAAGUAUUCUUCUUUAAUUGUGAAUAUGUCAGAGGCUUAAAAUAGCAAAUAAUAUAAGUAUUAUAAAUCGGACUAUAAAUAUAGGGCAUUGUAUAUACAUUUAAUAAUCUACAGACCCUUCCAGUUAAGUUUGAAUGCAGAUAUUGCACAACAGCCUGCUUUCUUAAUGGAUAACCCAACACGAUAAAAUUUUUUAAACAAUAAUCAAAUGUUAUUAUGGCAGGCAUUAUGUUAAUAUAUGUAGAAUAUAAUUUAAAAAUUAGUUCUUAAGAUACACCUCUCAAUGUAUGCUAGUCAAUUUAGUUUAAUUAAACUUUUCCAACCUACUGCGAAGGAAGGGUAGUCAUGUUUAGGCACAUUACAAAUUUAAGUAUUUAUGUAAAAAUCAAGCAAUGCAAUAAAAAAAUUAAAGGCAAAA